AUGACAGGUUCCAACACAACUGACUUCACCAACCCCUCCACCUUCAUCCUGCUGGGGAUUCCUGGCCUGGAGAGGGCCCAUGUCUGGAUCUCCAUCCCCUUCUGCACCAUGUACACCAUAGCCGUCUUGGGGAACUUCACCAUCCUGUUCAUUGUGAAGAUGGAGCCAAGCCUCCAUGGGCCCAUGUAUUAUUUCCUCUGUAUGCUGGCUACCAGCGACCUAGUCCUGUCCACGUCAAUCCUGCCCAAAAUGCUGAGCAUCUUCUGGUUCAAUUCCAGGGAGAUAUAUUUCAGUGCCUGCCUCACCCAGAUGUACUUCAUUCACUGCUUUUCAGUGAUGGAGUCUGGGAUCUUUGUGGCCAUGGCUUUCGACCGCUAUGUGGCCAUCUGUGAUCCCCUGAGAUAUUCCACCAUCCUGACAAACCCUGUGGUGGCCAAGAUUGGGCUGGCCGUGGUGCUGCGUGGAAGCAUGCUCUCACUGCCCUGUCCCUUACUGGCGAGGCGGUGGCCAUAUUGCAGAACCAACAUAAUCCCUCACUCAUACUGUGAGCACAUAGCCGUGGUGAAACUGGCCUGUGCCGACAUCCGUGUCAGUAGUUACUACAGCCUCUCUGUCGCAUUCUUGGUGACCGCUCUGGAUGUGUUUUUUAUCACCAUGUCCUAUAUCCAGAUCCUCAGGGCCAUCUUUAGUCUCCCCAGAAAUGACUCCCAGCUCAAGACUUUUGGAACCUGCGGCUCCCACCUUUGUGCCAUCUUAGCUUUUUACAUCCCAGAUCUCUUCUCUUCCCUCACGCACCGGUUUGGCCACAAUGUGCCCCUGCAUUUCCAAAUUCUCAGUGCCAAUGUGUACCUCCUGGUGCCCCCCUUGCUACACCCCAUCAUCUACGGGAUAAGGACCAAAGAGAUCCGUGACAGGCUGCUCCAGCUCUUCACUCAUAAAGGGACCUAA